CUGCCGUGGAGGAAGAGUUCCAACUCAACUUGGAGCACAAGGAACUCGACGAAUGCAGAAAAUGUGCAAAAACAAUGUUAAUAAAUCAUCUCAAUUCGGUAGAAGCUGAAAUAAAAAAUCUUCAAUCAAACUUAAAGGCGUGCAGGGAAAAACAAUAGGAAAAGAUGAAUCAAAAACGGAAGACGUUCAAAGACUUUUCGGUUUUGUGUCAACAAUUUUUACAUCAAAUUUACCGGAAUCUUAAAAAGAUGUAUGUUUAUUUGCAUUUAAUAGAUAUAGUUUGAGAAAUAUUCAUAAAUCAAUAUCAAUCAUGUCAAAGUGUCUUUACCAUUUAGUAAUGUAAAUGAUCUACUCAUUUGAAUAAAACUAAUACGCUUCAUUUUGUUUUGUUUUUAUUUCCUUUUUUGUUUAAAAAUUGUUUAUAAUUAAAAAAAAAAACUUAAUGAUCGAAAUCAAAAAAAAAAAAAAUAUUUUGGACUGAAAACACACGUCCAAUCUUCAAAAAGACAUCGUCAAAUAUUCCUUAGCCAUUUUUUUUUUACAAAAAAAACCUGUUUAACAAUGAAUAUUUAGAAUUUUUCUAUUAGAAAAAGAGAUUAGCACAAAACGUAAAAUGUUAAAAAAGAAGAAUUUGUUCUGGAUGUUGUUAGUUUGUAUUCCUUCUAGUCGCGAUCAACAUCGCUGGUCCUCAAUUAGAGCGAUGAAUUUCUAUUUACUCGUGUGGUUUUGUCUCUUCUUGGGACAAACAAAUAUAACUUUUGGCAAAAAUAUUGAAACAACAGACAAACCGUCUUUAGAUUGCGAUAAAUUUAUAAAUCUCCAAAUUAAAUUACUUGGAAUUCAAGAUUAUAUAGUAUCCAUUUACGCAUUACCAUGCAAUGCUGAAACUUUGGACAGUUUAGCUUAUAAAAUGACUACCAUAGAAGAAGAAUUCCAGCACAUAAUUAAACACGUGAAAGACGAAGAAUUAGAAGAAGAUUCAGACGAAGAACUAGAGGAAUGUAGUAAAUAUGCACAGAUAAUGCUAUUAAAACAUCUAAAUGAGGUUGAAGUUGAAAUAAAAAAUCUUCACUCUAGCCUAGAGGAGUGCAGGAAUAAAGGGCUACCAUUAGAAAUAAUCAAAGCUCGUCAAUUGGAAAAGGAUGAGCGAAAUAUGAAAGAACUGAACAACUAUUUAGAUAUUUUGAAAAAAUGGCAAAAUAGAAAUAGAUACAAACUAUCUAUAGAUUGCGAUAAUCGAAUACUCUUAAAAAUUCAAACUAAAUUAUUUGCAAUGCAAGAUCGCAUAAUGUUCUUUACUGCAGCAUUAGGAAUUGCUGAAAAUAGUACAUGCAUUAUAACUGAUAUAAUCGCUGAAACUUCAAAUAAAUUCCAGAUUGAAAGAAAAUCUAUGGAAAAUGAACUUCUUCAAAUUCAUGAUUUCGGCGAUUGCGGUAAAGAUGCACAGACAAUGCUAACAAAUCAUCUGAAUGAGGUUGAAGUUGAAUUUGAAAAUCUUCACUCAAGCUUUGAGACGUGCAGGAAAGAACAGCUACCAUUAGAAGAAACCAAUAAAGCACGUCAAUUAAAAAAGGUUCUGCGAGAAGUCAAGGGAAUGAACAGCCAUUUUCAUAGUUUGAAAAUAUGGCAAAAUAGGCAGAGAGACAAAUUGCCUUUAGAUUGCCAUGAACUUAUACUCGUAAACAUUCAAUUUAAAUUAUUUGAACUUCAAAAUGAUAUAAUUUCCAUUACUGCUGCAAUGGGAAUUUCUGAAACUUUAGGCAGUGUAACUGAUAAAAUCGCUGAAACUUUAAAGGAAUUCGAGAUUGUAAAGAAAUUAGCGGAAAGUGAACUUCUUCAAAUUCAGGAAAGAAGCAAUUGCAGUAAAGAUGCACAGACAAUGCUAAGAAACCAUCUCAAUGCGGUCGAAGGUGAAAUAAAAAACAUUCAAUUAAACCCAAAGGCAGACAGGAAAACAAGCUUAGCAGCAGAAACUAUAGAAGAUAUCAAAACACAUCGAUUCGAAAACAUUGAGCAAAAAUUCAAGCAAUUCAAAAACUUCACAGAUGUUUUAAAAAUAUUUCAAGAAUCUUAUGAAAGUUUAAGAGAUGACGACGUUUUUACUAAAUUUCUUGACAGUUUAACCGAUAUUAAUCUGAUUAAUUCUUCAGCCCGAGCUUUGGCAGAAGUAAUGGCAAUUUAUUACGAUUUAGAUUCAGCAAAUGUUAUGUCUUUAAUAACAAAACUAGAAACGGAAGCAAUAAACCAACCGAACGUAGAUGAUUUGAUGAAAUCUUCUUUACAAAAUAUUGCCAAGGAACUAAGAGACACACUCAGAGCUUAUUUUAUGAGGCGAUUUAAUGACGUUGUGGACAAAAACUUUAAUCCUCAAAAAAUUCUAAAUUCACUGAUGGUUGAUAUUUAUUCUUUUGAUCCAUUUAUAGCAGAGAGUAUAAUGAAAGAGUUUGUUAAUACAAAUUACGAUUUAAAUUCUUCAAAAGUGAUUUUUAAAAUCAUUGAAAUGCAACAAAUACUUAAAUUACGAGUGCAAGGUAUAAGUUUAUUAUUCUGGAAAAUUCUCAAAGGUUCGUAUUUUAAUUCCAAUGUGAUCAUUGAAAUUGCUUCAGCACUCAAUGAAGUCCGUUUGAAUUUGGAAUAUGAAAAGCUUAACAAGACCGAAAAAGAUGAAGUUGGAAAAAUAAUCGACAAUCUUCCAACUUGUGCUAGAAAUCUAUUUUUCUUGCCAUCGGUUUGUUUGUGGAACAAAGAGCAACAACAAUAUCUAACAGCUGGAAAUUCAACCUCAGAAUAUGGCAAAUCUUAUCGAAAUAUCAUAUUUUCGGAAAAACCUUUGCCAGAAAGUCAGUGGCAUGUCAACAAAACUGGCAGCAACUUUUUAUUUUCCAGUCAAUCUUAUGAUACUGAGUAUUUGAUUUCAGGAGAUAAAACCGUAAAGGAAAGUGAAUGGAAAAUCGAAUUGAUUGGCGAUUAUUGCUAUGUAAAGAGUGCAGCUUAUAAUGAAAAAUUGAUUUCGGCAAUUGAUACAAUACCCGAUAGAAAAAGCAUGAGUUAUGCAUUUACGAGGAUGCCGUAUCAUUCAGUUAAAGAAUCGAAACGUCUGUGGCAAAUAAGGCAAUGUGAAAAGGUUAAUUAAUUUAAUAAAAAAUAAUAAAAAUAAAUACAUUAUACAAUCGAAA